GCCCUGCUGACCCUCCAGGCCCGUUACGAGCUGCGGGUGGAGCUCGAGGACUUCGAGAACAACUCGGCCUCGGCCACGUACGGCUCCUUCGCGCUGUCGCCCACGGCCAUCAGCCCCGAGGAGGACGGCUACACCCUGCACGUGGCCGGCUUCGUCGACGGCGGCGCCGGCGACUCGCUCAGCUACCACAACGGCCAGAAGUUCUCCACCUUCGACCGCGACCAGGACCUCUUCGCCCAGAACUGCGCCGCGCUCUCCUCGGGGGCCUGGUGGUUCCGCAGCUGCCACUUCUCCAACCUCAACGGCUUCUACCUGGCCGGGCCGCACCUGUCCUACGCCAACGGCAUCAACUGGGCCCAGUGGAAGGGCUUCUACUACUCCCUCAAGCGCAGCGAGAUGAAGAUCCGCCGCCUCUGAGGGCCACGCCCGCCCCCCCCCGCCGC